UUGGGUAGUUUUAUCAUAUUUAUAGCUUUGCUUCUGGGAAUUAAAGGCAAGGUUGGUGGAGAAUUAAAUUAGUAGCAGUACAAUUGUAAUAGUAGUCUAAAGCUAGUGGAUUGCAUUGUCAACAAACUAGUUGGCAAUCCACUGACUUAAUCAAAGAAAACAACAUUACAUUAGAUGAGUACUACUUCCUCAGUCAGUUUGACUAGACAUGGAGCUUAAGAAACAAAGGGAGAUUUUUGAAUCUUGUGGUCUUUAAACUGUCCAUGUAGAAUGUUGGAAUAAAAACACUUAAUAUAGAAUGAGACACUCUUUUGGGAUAAUACCAAAUGAAAAGUAAGACGCUUAAAUUGAGACGGAGAGAUUAGUUUGAUUGAUUAUGAGAAAAUGACUCUAUAAGAAAAGUCAAUUGUGUGGGAGGUAUUACUUCAUUCAUGUGCUUCACCUUCAUGACUGUUUCAUAUAUUUGACUAAUAAAGCCAAGUGCUCACAGAAAAAAGAAAGCAAAGAAACAUAAAAUUCAAAGAGGAAACAAAAUGGCUUAUGCUGCUCUAUCUUCACUUAUGCAUACACUGCAACAACUCCUUCAGUCUAAAUCACCUUUGAUUUGUACUGGAAACACCUCUAUACAACAACAUGUUGAAUCUCUUUAUCAAGAUCUAUGUGAUCUUCAAGUUUUUCUUGAGAACACCACAAUCGAAGUCAAAGAUAUUGAAGAUGUCAAAGUUUUAGAGGAGAAGAUCAAAGAUGUAGUCUACAAGGCAGAAGAUAGAAUUGAUUCAAGCUUGAGAAGCAUCAUUCUACUAGAUAAUGGAGACAAUGAUCGCGAAAUGGCUUGUAAAGCCUUCAAUGAGGAAUUGCAACAAGUGGAAAAAGAAGUUUGUUUUCUCAAGCAAGAGGUGAUGGUGAUCAAGUUUAACAAGCAUAUUGGAUUUAGCAAAUUACCAGAAUCAACAACUUUCCCUUCAUCACGAAAAAGUACAAUCGAGGAAAAGACAGUUGUUGGGAUGAAAGAUGACCUCAAUUCCAUACUAAAUUGCAUCAAUGCUCAGACAAAAGAGCUAAUAGUCAUAUCAGUUGUUGGUAUGGGUGGUAUUGGUAAGACAACUCUUGCCAGUAAAGUUUUUGAUGAUUCAAUGAUUCGUUCUCAAUUUGAUAAACAUGCAUGGGUCACCAUCUCUCAAGAUUAUAAUAAGAGACAAAUGCUUCUUGAAGUUGUCUCUUCAAUUACUGGAAUCAAUCAAGAAAACAUGAGCAAUGAUAAAUUACUAGAUACUGUGUACAAAGGUCUAAAGGGUAGAAGAUUUCUAGUUGUCAUUGAUGAUCUUUGGCGUACUGAGGCUUUGGAUCUGAUGCGAAGAAUAUUUCCAAAUGAUCACAAUAAAAGCCGAAUUAUAUUAACCACUCGUCUCAAAACUGUUGCUGAUUAUGCUAGCUCCCCUGAUUUUCCUCCUCAUGAUAUGUCUUUUCUAAGUUUAGAUGAUAGUUGGAAUCUAUUUACCGAAAGACUAUUCAAAAAAGAUCCUUGUCCUCCACAACUAGAAGUAAUAGGGAAGCAUAUCAUACAACAAUGUCAAGGAUUACCUCUAUCCAUUGUUGUCAUUGCUGGACUUCUUGGCAACAUAGGACGGACACAAGAUAAUUGGAAGAAAAUUGAGGAAAAUUUGAACUCAUUCUUUGGUAAGGCUUCAGAAAAGUGUCAAGCUAUUCUUUCUUUGAGCUACAAUUGCUUGCCUCAAUACUUGAAGGCAUGCUUUCUCUAUAUAGGAAGUUUUCCUGAAGAUAUGGAGAUUCAUGUUUCGAAGUUGAUUAGCUCGUGGAUUGCUGAGCAUUUCAUAAAGGCAAGAAGCAAUACAAGGUUAGAAGUGGUGGCGGAGGAGUAUCUACAAGAGUUAACAGACAGGAGUCUAAUUUUGGUUCGUGGACGAAGGGCUAAUGGAAGGAUCAAAAUAUGUAAAAUUCAUGAUCUUCUAAGGCAGAUGUGCAUAAGAGAAGCUCAAAUCGAAAAUGUUGUGCAUUUCACAAACAAUGAUAUCUCAGAUGGUAUAAAUGAUCAUCGUCGAGUGAUCAUUCCAUAUCUUAUUCAGGAUUAUUUUCGUGAUCAUCCAAAUCAUAGGAAUGGUAAGAUUACAACCCGCAGCUUGAUCUUUUUGGGACGUCAAUCUUAUGAAGUUACUGGAAUAUAUUACUGGCCCUAUAGUAUUUCAGAUUUCAAGCUGCUUAAGGUGUUGGAUGCACAUGAAAUCGGCUUUGAUUUCUCUCGUAUAAUACCUCAACUUGUACAUUUGAGAUACGUUGAUGCAAGAGUUAACGAUCCUUCUUCACUGGCCAAGUUGUUCAAUCUACAAUCCAUAAUCAUUUAUUCACAGAAGAAGAAUGUGCAGCUCCCAACGGAGAUUUGGACAAUGUCCGAGAUAGAACGUGUGGAUAUAACAGAUGUAGAUAUGCCUAAUCCUCCUAUUGGAGAACAGCCUUUGUUUAUGAAUAACUUGCAUACACUUGCUGUCAAGUCCUCUGCUGUUGUGUUGAAAAUCUUGAGAAGCAUUCCCAAUCUGAAUAAGCUAAAGAUAAACGAUGUACGGAGAACUGAGUGGUAUGCUUUCCUUGACUGUCUUAUUGUUCUACAGGGACUUGUGACACUAAAUAUACAAGCAGCAGCAUCACUCAAUAGUCCAUUCUUUCUCUCUAGAGAUAUUUUCCUGCCUAAUCUUACCAAACUGAGUUUAAAUUCUACAUUUUUUCCAUGGGAAGAUAUGGCAGUGUUGGCUAAGUUACCAAAUCUUGAGGUGCUCAAAGCAGAUAAUGCAUUCUGGGGAACAGAUUGGAAACUAGAUGAAGAUGUUGUGUUUCCUAAAUUAAAUUGUCUAGCAGUUCGUCAUGGAAAUCUGGAAAGAUGGGAAGCAACAAGUGAUAAUUUUCCGAUGCUUGAGGAACUAUACCUGUCUUGGUUGCAUUUCCUAGAGGAGAUUCCAGAGAGUAUUGGAGAAAUAAUGACGCUGAAAUCAAUCGAAAUAAGAGGUUGUAACUCUGCAGUCAUCACUAGUGCAAAGCAAAUUCGAGAAAAUCAAGAAAUUUAUGGUAACUACGAGUUUCAACUUCGAUUUGUGAGAUAUUGAAAUAAGGUACUUGUACUCUUUGAUUAUUAGCCAAUUCAUAAUAUGCUCAUAGUGUGAUUUUUUGUUUUCAUUGGUGACUCGAUCCCAUAACCUUAGUGUUUGAGGUUUACUGAGAUUGUAUCCUAGGCAGCCUCAGUCAAUUUUUUAAAGUACAGGGGAAGGAAAGGAUGAUCAAAGAUGAACUUUAGUCUGUUGGUGUUGGUGUUGGUGCUGUUUACACAGUGUAAAUGAGAUGUAGUAGUAUUUUUGAAUCUUUGAUCCAAAACAACUGAUCUUGAGAGUUUAAGCAUGUUUCUUUCUUUAUAAAAAGUAGUUACAUACAUGUAUAUGACAUAAUA